UUCCUGGGGAAGUUCGCGAACUGUUGCACAGCAACUCGCCUCUCUCAACAUUUCCCGAACCUGUGUGACAGACAUUUUCCAGCUCGUAUGCCAGCUAAGACUCAACACAUUGCGCUCGAACCCUAGAACAAGGUUCUUCGCGAACAAUCAUGUUCGGGAUCAACGAAGAAGAAGCAUACGUGCGAGCGAAGCAGAAUACCGGCCUGGAUGUGGAGCUGUUAUGCAGCAAAUUGGAGGCCUACAAAAGGGAGCAAGAUAUCGUGCAAAUUAGGCGAGGGAAACGCGAUGCUCUGAGAAGUGGUCGUUUCAUGCCUAAGGUCGCAGCAAAGCAAUUCACAGCUACAGCGACACCGCUUCGGCAAGACUCCGUCCGGGACAAGCACACUUCUCCGCGACGGGAAUCCACCUCGGAGCCAGUGACGCGCAGGGGGCCUUUGGACCAAGAUCGUCGCUAUACAGCAAUGUCUUUCGGAGUGCACGACAACCGUGCGAUCGCGGCAAUUGUCGAGGAAAGGAUGGGAGGAAAGGGCAUGGAAAUUAGGAGGCGAGACGAGACUUCAAGGGACCUGUCUGUCAAGCAGCAUGAACCCGUGGGAUCGGCACCACGAAAAACGAAGUCCGUCACAGCACAGCCUCUACGCCACUCUUUAAUCCAACGCACGGAGCUUUGGUCGAAGCCAUUGAUUCCAAGAAGACACUCGUCACGAAAUAUUGGUGCUCAAUCAGAUCAAAGCGUUCUUGACCCGAACGAACGAGACGCCAGCGAGCCGAUAGAGACGAAAGAGUCGUGUACUGGGAUCUAUCGACCCGGAGAUGCCGCCAAACGACGUACCAUGCCCGAAGACAACAAGACAAUAUUUUCACACGAUCACUUCACCAACGACACCUUACAGGACACUCUCUUAUAUCACAGUUUGGAUCACUACUCAAAACCUCCUCUACCCGUCCUCGAAGAGUCCGAGAGAGGCUCUCAGGAUAUACAGCGGCCGAAAUUACUGCCACACGAUCGUCCGGAUUGGUGUCAAAGAUCGCAGAAUGAAAGCUCAUCGCAUCUCUUGCAUAUCUUUUCUCGGUCUCAGAAGAAGGGCGAUGAUGCAUAUGCCGGGAAAAGACAUAGCGAGUUGCCUGUGAGAGGCUUGAGCGAGGCACCCAAAAGGCCUGUAGUAGAAAACGGACAUCUCAUUGCAGAUGCAGUGAAGAUAAUCAAGGAUCAAGAAAGGCUCCGGAAACGACAAAGUGUGGUAGAUUUCUUUCGAAAGUUUUAGAUGUCUGGGCGCUACUGCACAGUUUAAUUGACGCUGAAUGAGUUAUGAGAACCUCGAAUGCCAUGUUGGAAUUAAUUCGUGC